AUGAAUGAAGAAAUGACCAAAAAUAACAUUAAUGUUUGUUCUAUGCAGACUGCAACUUAUAAAAAAUCUGAGAUGGAACAAACCUUAACCGAAGAUCCAAUUAAUUCAAGGGAAAGUAAAGAAGCUGUGUGCCCUUUAGAUGAAUUCUUACUUUUCAAAUCUUCCUCGGAUAGUAAAAUCGAGAAGAUUAAUGAUUCCGAUUCAAUAGAACAUGAUUCUGUAGACUUGGAUGACAAUUCGAUUGAUUACAUUUCUAAUCCAGAUAAAACUCAAAUUGAAGAUUUAAAUUUUACUGAAAGCACUUCAAGCCGGUAUUCUAAUGCUGACUAUAAUUUGAAAAAGAGCCCUUCAAAUAGUACUUUGGACGAAUUUAAUAGAUGGAUACUGAACGACGAGCUUGAGACUGAAUAUGUAAAAUUGAUUCCAAACUCGGAAAUAGUUUUUGCUAAAUCUUAUGAUAAGGAAAUGAACAUUGCAAUUGGACUAAUUGAUGAAGUACUAAAGAUGAGAGACGAAUGGAAUUAUGAGCUACCUAUGAUUGAACAUGAUCAUUUAAUAAUCCAUAACUAUGGGCAUCUACAGGACGGUAACCCUGUAUUGGAUAUCGAAUCUAUUUUAGAAACUCUUCCAGGGAAGAUAGAUGUGAAAUAUGAAAUGAUUAAUGGUAUUUACAAUAUCAAAUGGUACUCUAAUAAAAAUUUGAUUUAUAACCCUAUUACAUUCAAAAAAAUUAAGAAAACAGAGACAAUGGAUCUAAACUUGAGUUAUGAGUUAGAUGGUUUUAACGUAAGUUCUGGAAAAUGCUUGAACAUAAAGAAAAGCUUCCCAUUGUAUGAAACUGAAAGUAAAUCUGUACACGAAUUCAUAAGAUGUUUGAGGAGAAUAAUGAGUCUGGUUCAUAGUCCAAUAGUUAAAAGUUUUACAUAUUAUAGAUUAAAAUUUUUGCUACAAAGUUAUCAGCUAUAUUCUCUUUUUAAUGGAAAAUUAGAAAACGAAUUGUCUAAGAAAAACAUUAGGACAGGUUUUUAUAAUGUUUACAAGGUCGAUACACAUGUUCACCAUUCAGCUUGUAUGAGCCAGCAACACCUCCUUAAGUUUAUUAGGAAGUGCUAUAAUUCAGACAAAGACCGAGUCGUAUUUUAUAAUCGUGAAAAUGUUCCAAGCACAUUAGGGCAGGUAUUUAGUAAUGUUUUUGGUUGUGAUUAUCGAAAUAAUUCCAUAGAUCAUUUAAAUAUGGAUGCAAUUAGGAACUGUUUUCAGAGAUUCGACAGAUUCAACGAGAAAUAUAAUCCAUUUGGAUCUAAUUUGAUGAGAGAUAUAUUCUUGAAAUAUAACAAUUCAAUUAAAGGGAAAUAUCUUGCUGAUAUUACUAAAGAAGUAAUUCAAGAUUUAAAAAACACACAUUAUCAAUAUGUAGAAUGGAGAAUCAGUGUUUAUGGCAAAGAUAAGAAUGAAUGGAAGACUUUGUCAGAAUGGUUUUAUUAUAAUGGCUUGUAUUGUAAACAUGUAAGAUGGAUAAUUCAAAUUCCUAGACUUUAUAACGUAUUUUAUAAAGAUGGAUAUGUUAAAUCAUUCAGCGAACUACUAGAAAAUAUUUUCUCUCCAUUAAUAGAAGCUUUGAUCAAUCCAAAAGAGAAUCCAUUUAUUUUUAUUCUACUUUCAAAUAUUGUUGGCUGGGAUACUGUAGAUGAUGAAAGCCAAUUAAGUAAAUAUUCAAUGAAUAGCCCAAACUUUUGUUAUCCGGAAUAUUGGAAAUCAGAUGAUAAUCCACCAUACUCUUAUUGGGGGUUCUAUCUUUAUAGUAAUAUUCGAGUACUUAAUCAACUUUUAUACUCUAGAGGUUUAAAUCCGUUGAAAUUCAGACCUCACUGUGGAGAAGCUGGGAAAAUCUCGCAUUUGGCUACAAUGUACUUAUUGGCCGACUCCAUUAACCAUGGAAUAUUACUUAAAAAAACCCCGGUACUACAAUACCUAUAUUAUUUAAAACAGAUUGGUAUAGCUGUCUCCCCUGUUUCUAACAAUGCAUUAUUUUUAGAGUUAAUGAAAAAUCCAUUUCCAAAAUUUUUUAAUGUUGGAUUGAAUGUAUCAUUAUCAACCGAUGAUCCUCUAAUUUUUCACUUCACGGAUGAAUCUCUUCUUGAAGAGUAUUCGAUUGCUUCUCAUAUCUGGAAACUGAACAAUAUUGACCUUUGUGAGAUUGCAAGAAAUUCAGUCUUACAAUCUGGGUUUUCUCCAAAAUAUAAAGCAAGUUGGUUAGGCAUCAAAAAUUAUAAUCAUUUAAAUAAAUCAUUAUAUAAUUUUUUAAAUGAUUUUGAACCUUGCGAAAUCAAUGAUAUUUCGAGGUCAAAUGUUCCAAAUAUUAGAAUUCAAUUCAGAAAAGAUAUGCUUAAGGGUGAAAUGGAUCUCAUCAAUAAGUAUACAGUUUCAAUUGAUAGAAUCGAAAAUGCAAUAAAUAUUGUCAAGAAUUUGAGGCUAAAAAAUGUUUCGGAUAACUUCAACAAGGAAUUCAUGAAUUCUGAUUUUAAUUCUUCAAUGAAAAAAUUUACUGGGAGUAGUGAUCGAUUUAACUAA